AUGGCGCUUCCACCGAAAUUCUCCGGCCAAUUGUUAGCCACAGCCGCCAACACAUCAACGCAGCACACCAUCGAAAUCUACCUGGACUAUGUGUGCCCGUUCAGCGCCAAGAUCUUCAAGACGAUCUACACGGGCGUCGCGCCGAUCAUCGCGAAGCACUACAGCAGCAACCCGGGGGUGCGGGUCAUCUUCCGCCAGCAGAUUCAGCCAUGGCACCCGUCUUCAACGUUGACGCACGAAGCCGGUGUCGCCGUGCUGCGCACCGCGCCCCAGGCGUUCUGGGCGUUCUCGGCCAAACUGUUCGACGCGCAGAAGGAGUACUUUGACGUCAAUGUCGUGAAUGAAAGUCGCAACGACACGUAUAAGCGGCUGGCGAAGCUGGCGGGGACGGUCGACGGUAUCGACGAGAAGACGAUCUAUGAUUUGCUUGUUGUCUCGGAUAAGCCCGGUGAGGGUGGGAGUCUGAAUAUCGGGAAUAAAGUCACGGAUGAUCUGAAGUUUCAGGUCAAGGCGAACCGUGUAACGGGCGUGCAUGUGACGCCAACCGUGGUCUUUAAUGGCGUCGAGGAACGGAGUAUUGGAUCUUCGUGGACUGUUGAGCAGUGGGAGGAAUGGUUGAAGAAGAAUAUCAAUUGA